CGAAAAGCUCGACCACAUCCCGCCCCAAGAAAACACGAGGUGAACUCGAGUGCAUAGUGCAUUCUUGCGUCAAGGGCGAGGAGGACACACACUUAGCGUGGUUGCUGCCGCGCGUGCAGAGCGUUGGCUGCUGGUUGAUCGCGUAGAGAAAAAUGAUGGUCAUGUACUUAACUUUUCUCAACAACCGACCAGCGGCGCACUACUGACAACCACCCGCUGCGGAGCCUCUCGACAGAUCAUUUGCCGAUUGCCUGGAUCAUGUCACUGCCACCGACAACGUACGCCAUCAUUGGAGCUGCUACGAUCCUGCCGUCCCUUUGCCUUGGGCUUGGCGCCGCGCACAUCGGCAAUUCGCUCGCCGAGAAGGUCACGGGGAAGGACGCCGCCUUUGUGCGUCCGCUCGAAGCGGUCUUGUCUGGGAUCACGACGUAUGGCGGGUGUAAAGUCAGUGGCAACGCCGCGCUGCGUCGGUUCACGCAUCUCACGCCAAUGGUUGAACCGAUUUUCUCGGUCGUCAAGCCCCACGUAUCUCAAACCAUCUUUGCCGGAGCCCUUAUUGCAGGCGUGUACGUCUUUCGUGUCGUGGGCGCGAUGGCCUUUCCCGAGUCGACAGCUACUGGCAUUUCGAGGAGUUUAAAAGACUAGCCAAUCGUAAUCGCGCAUAUCAAGUCCAAGAACACA